UCCAGCUGCAAUGCACAUAGCAUGGGUACAUUUAUUGGGAUCUAAUCUGAGAUCCGGCUGCAAUGCACAUAGCGUGGGUACAUUUAUUGGGAUCUAAUCUGAGGUCCAGCUGCAAUGCACAAAGCAUGGAAAUUAUCUCUGAAAACAUGAGCAGCAACGAGUGCUUUAAGUGUGGCCGUUCUGGUCAUUGGGCUAGGGAGUGCCCUACUGGUGGAGGACGUGGUGGCGGACGUGGUGGUGAUCGUGGUGGUGGAAGAGGACGUGGACGUGGUGGAUUCAACUCUUCAAGAGGGUUCCAAUUCAUCUCUUCAUCACUUCCAGACAUUUGUUACCGUUGUGGAGAGUCUGGCCAUCUUGCUAAGGAUUGUGAUCUUCAAGAGGAUGACUUCGGUGAUGGCAAAUAUGCUUGCUAUAACUGCGGCAGAGGCGGGCACAUUGCAAAGGAUUGUAAGGAGCCAAGGAAGGAGAGAGAGCAGUGCUGCUACAACUGUGGCAAGCCAGGUCACCUUGCUCGAGACUGCGACCGUGCUGAUGAGCAGAAAUGUUAUUCUUGCGGAGAGUUUGGUCACAUCCAGAAAGACUGCACCAAAGUUAAGUGCUACAGGUGUGGCGAGACUGGACAUGUAGCCAUCAACUGCAGCAAGGACAGUGAAGUCAACUGUUACCGCUGUGGGGAGUCGGGGCACCUUGCACGGGAAUGCACGAUUGAAGCUACAGCUUAAAUUUCCUUUGUCGCCCCUCCUUUUUCUGAUUGAUGGUUGUAUUAUUUUCUCUGAAUCCUCUUCACUGGCCAAAGGUUGGCAGAUAGAGCUAGUCCCAGGCCAGUGAGCUUUACUUGACGUGCAAAAGGAGGAAAGGGUGGAAAAAACGACUUCCUGCAUUUAACUACAAAAAAAAUGUUUAUGUUUAGUUUGGUAGAGGUGUUAAUGUAUAAUGCUUUGUUAAAGAACCCCCUUUCCAUGCCACUGGUGAGUUGGGAUUAAAUGAAUGGGAAGAGUUGAGUCAGACCAGUAGACCCUUCUCAGGUUUAUGGUAGCACCUGCGUAAGAGGGCGGACUGCUACUGGGGAGAAUUUAUUAAAUCUUCUGCAAAUUUACUUUUUGACGGUCUCAUUGUCUGACCUCGGCUGUUCUUAACAUCAACCACAUCUGUAUUAGGCUAAGGCAGAAUAAACACGUCAAUGUCAGCAAGUGGCCAUGUGUACAAAUCCGAUGAAAUCGGCCACUGAGUAUCAGAGAUACAGGUGAAGGAAAGGUCUGGAAUACUUUUUUAUUUUUUUUCCUUUACAUGGAAGUAAUGAAUAAAACCCAGAACAUGCAUCAAUGAAUAUAGCAACGUAAGCUAUUCAGGAGCUGCAGAGAAAUGUUUUCACAGAAAUCAAGAUGUUGUUUUUGUAUACUAUAUCACUUUAGACAACUGUUUUUGAGUUUCAUUUGCUUGUAAUCAGUUUUUAAAGUCAGAUGGUAAAAGAAACUGAAAUCCUGGAAAAUAGAAAUGUAAUUUUAAACUAUCAAUAAAGCUGGAGGAGGAAGGGGAGUUUGCCUAAA